AUGUCGUUAUUAAAAAAUUCAUUUUGCCGUUCACAACGGAAGAAUCAAAUAUUGACCCAUCAAGAACGACAACACACAACCCAAGAAGCAAAAACGAAGAAAUCCUUCCACAUCCCAUUCUUCAACAACACCUCAAAGACUGCUCCAGCAAAGGAUUCCACCCUUCAAGCUUCUUCACAAAAGAAGAGCAGCAUUAACAUGCGACGACAAAAUAUAGUUCAUCGCACAGAUUGCCGACGAAACACAAUUUGGUCAGACACAGUUGAGGGUGAACUUGUCGCCAACUUGUCACCAAGAGAAUUAAAUCGUCAGGAGGUACUUUUUGAAAUUAUUAAAACUGAAUCUGAGUGA